GUUGUUGAUCACCUGUACCCCAGCACAAGAGCUCCAGCUUAAUCACCCUCAAGCUCUGCUCUCGGAACAUGGGGGAAAAUGAUGAUGAAAAAUACAACCAAGCUGGCCAGAUAUUUGAAAACUUUGUACAAGCAUCAACAUGCAAAGGCACCAUUCAGGCCUUCAAUAUUCUCACUCGCCAACUUGAAUUAGAUCCUUUGGACAAUAGAAACUUUUAUACCAAACUGAAAUCGAGAGUGACCACAUGGAAGGCCAAAGCUUUGUGGAACAAGCUUGAUAAGAGAGCAAGUCACAAAGAGUAUAAACGCGGAAAGUCUUGUAUGAACACUAAGUGUUUAAUUAUUGGAGGUGGCCCCUGUGGCCUGCGGACUGCCAUUGAACUUGCCUUCCUGGGAGCCAAGGUUGUCGUCGUGGAGAAGCGGGACACUUUCUCAAGGAACAAUGUGCUGCAUCUCUGGCCCUUUACCAUCCACGACCUUCGGGGACUGGGAGCAAAGAAAUUUUAUGGAAAGUUCUGUGCAGGAUCUAUUGAUCACAUCAGUAUUCGACAGCUUCAACUCAUCCUCUUCAAAGUUGCACUUAUCCUUGGAGUGGAAAUUCACGUGAACCUGGAAUUUGUGAAAGUCCUGGAGCCUCCUGAAGAUCAAGAAAACCAAAAGAUGGGUUGGAGGGCUGAAUUUCUCCCCAUGGAUCACCCUUUGUCAGAGUAUGAGUUUGAUGUCAUCAUUGGUGCAGAUGGCCGCAGGAACACGUUAGAAGGCUUCAGGAGGAAGGAAUUUCGUGGAAAGCUGGCUAUAGCGAUCACUGCCAAUUUUAUAAACAGAAAUACAACUGCAGAAGCCAAGGUAGAAGAAAUUAGUGGGGUUGCUUUUAUCUUCAAUCAGAAGUUCUUCCAGGACCUGAAAGAGGAAACGGGGAUUGACCUGGAGAAUAUUGUUUACUAUAAAGACAGCACGCAUUAUUUUGUGAUGACAGCAAAAAAGCAGAGUCUUCUGGACAAAGGAGUGAUUAUUAACGACUCCAUUGAUACCGAGCUGCUGCUCUGUGGGGAAAAUGUGAACCAGAGCAAUUUGCUGUCCUACGCCAGAGAAGCUGCUGACUUUGCAACCAACUACCAGCUGCCUUCCUUGGAUUUUGCAAUUAAUCAUUAUGGCCAACCAGAUGUAGCAAUGUUUGAUUUUACCUCCAUGUAUGCAUCUGAAAACGCUGCACUAGUGAGAGAGAGGCACAGACAUCAGCUCCUGGUGGCUCUUGUUGGAGAUAGUUUGCUUGAGCCAUUCUGGCCAAUGGGUACUGGCUGUGCAAGAGGUUUCUUGGCUGCCUUUGACACCGCGUGGAUGGUGCGGAGCUGGGCGCAGGGGAAGCCCCCGUUGGAGAUCCUGGCUGAACGAGAGAGCAUUUAUCGACUCUUGCCUCAGACGACCCCUGAAAAUAUUAAUAAGAACUUUGACCAGUACACCAUUGACCCGGGAACAAGAUACCCGAACCUGAACUCGAGCUGUGUUCGACCUCACCAGGUGAGACAAUUAUAUGUUACCAAUGAGCUACAGCACUGUCCUCUUGAGAGAGUGAGCUCCAUUAGAAGAUCAGUGAACCUCACAAGACAGGAGUCAGAUAUUCGACCUAACAAGCUUUUGACAUGGUGCCAGAAGCAGACAGAGGGAUACCGAAACGUUAAUGUCACUGACCUGACCACCUCCUGGAAAAGUGGCCUUGCUCUGUGUGCCAUCAUCCAUCGCUUCAGGCCUGACCUCAUCGACUUCGACGCCCUGAACGAAGAGGACGUGGUGAGGAACAACCAGCUGGCGUUCGACGUGGCCGAGCGGGAGUUCGGGAUCCCCCCGGUGACCACGGGCAAGGAGCUGGGCUCGGCCGGGGAGCCCGACAAGCUCAGCAUGGUGCUCUACCUGUCCAAGUUCUACGAGCUGUUCCGGGGCACCCCUCUGCGCGCAGUGGAUGCUGCUGAGAAGCAAAAUGGAGAAAAUAAUGAUCUUGGCUCACCAAAAUCAUCGAAUUUCAUCUUUAAUAAUUAUAUCAAUUUAACUUUACCAAGAAAACGAGUACCAAAGGCUGAAGGGAAAACAGAAGAAAACGAGACUAACAAAAGGCGUCGGAAAGGACUCUUUGGUGUCUUUGAGCAGACUUCAGGCAUUCCAAGCCAGGGGACAAACAACGGGAAAGAACAGAGUGAUGGCAGAGAAGGAAUGAACCAGAACAAAGUCAAAUCAAUGGCAACUCAGCUGCUGGCAAAGCUUGAAGGGAAUGCUUCAAAUACAAUUCUGCGGAGACAGGAGCUAACAGAUAGACCAGCCCUGCUCUCCUCUGACCCUCCUGUUAAUCCUCGCUUUGCUAAACCUAUGGAUCCAAGCCUUCUUCCACCUCAACCAAAAAGGCAGUUUCAGGUGGUAGCUAGGAGUGAACACGAGGUCAGGGAACCCAAACAGUCUUUAAAUGGUUCUGAUCAUAUGGCCAGGAGAGCAAAGACUGUGCACAAAACAGACCCCCAGCCCAGUCUGUCAGAAACCUCUGAAAAUCUCGCGUCUGCCUGUUCUGCUGCAUUUGUACUUUCUGGAGUGCUUGAGCGUCUUCAGCACCUGGAGGAAAAAAUGAAACAGAAAAGAGCUCAGAGCAUAGCAAAUAGGGAAUUCCAUAAAAAGAACAUUAAAGAGAAAGCAGCACAUCUCGCCUCAAUGUUUGGAUACAUGGAGUUUCCAAAGAAUAAGCUACCUACUAAAGGCUUACCCCAUUCUCAGCCCCCAACUCCCUCUUGCCCUCCACCUCAUCAUUCAGCUGCUGCUCCUUCAUCAUCUGUUGGUUCAGCUUCCUCUGCUGUUUCUUCUCAACAGGGUUCUCUGCGAAAAGAAUUCCCCAAGUCCAUCGGGGGGAGUGACAUUUGUUAUUUCUGCAAGAAACGGGUCUAUGUCAUGGAGCGGCUGAGUGCAGAAGGCCACUUCUUUCACAGGGAGUGCUUCAAGUGUGAAAUAUGUUCUACAACACUCCGCUUAGGAAUUUAUGCCUUUGAUGUUGAAGAAGGUAAAUUUUACUGUAAACCUCAUUUUACGCACUGCAAAAUCAGUACAAAACACAGAAAGAGAAGGGCAACAAUACAGAUCCAUGGAAAGGAGGCGAUAGACGCAUGGAAGAAAGUGGAAGCCAAACCCACAGAGAUCACCACAGAAAGCAGUUUGUCCACUGCUAGCAGUCCAGAGGACAGGUCCCCAGGUAUCCUGACUUCCUUCUUACGGGGCACGCUAAGCUGGCCCCUGCGGGUGACCAGGGAUCUGCUUGACAUUCCCAGCCGCCUGUCUAACUGGAUGCAUGGUUUCCUGCACGCUACCCACCUCCAUUUCAGGGACAAUGCAUAUAACUAUACCUACCUGUACGAACUCCUGAGCCUUGGGGUGCCACUCCUCUGUGCUCUCCUAGAGGUACUCACUCACAUGUACCGGGAAGCAGAGCUGUCACUUGAAAAUGUGCUUGAAUGGGUGAAAAGAUUCUGUAGGGUUUGAAUCCUUCUGUGUGUCUUGCUCAGUCGUGCCUUUCAGAUUUUCAAAAUUAACAGCCUGGCUGUUUUCUCGAGGGGAAUUUUUGGUUUGGAGGGCUUUGUUUUUGCUCUUCGUGCAAUUUGACGCGUGACUUCAUUGAAUGGUGGAUUCCUUCCGAUAGAAGCGAGGUGCAAUCGAAAUUUUCAACAUAAAAUGUACUGUAUGUUAGAACAUGAAGGACAGUGUCCAAACACAUUUCCAGAACAUGGAGUCAGAUGAAGGAUAUUUUAUAGAUUAUUCCCCCUCCCCCCAUUUUAUUCUGUGAUCCGACCAUUGGAGAAGAUGGUACAUUUUGAAACCAUUUUUCUUCCUAUUCUCCCCAGAUUUUUAUUUCUUUUUUCAGUUAGACCAUGAAAGAAUGUGUGUUCUUUCAGGAAUAUUUCUGACAAAUGACUGGGGUUUGAAACCUGAGUAUGGCACGUAGCUUUUUUUUUUCCUUGCUUUCAUCUUCGCUCUAGGUUAUGAGAUUUUUACUUGCAUGAAUAUGUUUCAAAAAAAUCGUGUACAUAAUUCACAUUGCUCCUAGUCAUGCCUUUUACAUUGCUUUUUAUGUGAUGGAUACCUUUUGUUGAUAGUGGGUAUUAUCUGUUCUACUAAUUUAUUUGAAGUUUUUCAAUAAAUUUGAAGAGCAAAUGAUAGUUGAGUGAAGGCUUGAUUGAAAUUUUAAGUCAAAGAAACUGGUAGGAAGAAGUAGACCGAACAUUCCUCAAGUCAAGGCUUCCUCAUUUGGUGGCUGCUAUGAGGCAUAUCAAUUUAUGGAGCACUCCUCUGUAACUGAAGUCACUCCUGUUGUGCCUCUGGGCAGGCACUACUCCCAGUCUCUUUGGGAAUUUUUUAAAAAUGCAGGUUUAGAACAAACAUCAAAAGCCUAGAAAUGUAUUCUUAGGCGGUAACUUCUUACUUGGGUAAUUCAUUUCAACGUGUGCAGCUGGUGGCAGAAAGGUGAAAUUCUAUUUUCUGGAGUAGCAGAUGAGUAAAUUUCUUUCAGAUGUCCCUCAAAAUUUAUCAGAAGGUCUACCUUAAUCUGUUAAACAGCAAGGACACAGUGACAUCCCAAUGCUCAUUACUUUCAGCCUAGUUAGCCAGUGAGGUAAGCAUGCUCCCUGCCUUUCAAGUACUUAUUUAUAUUCAGAAGUUUACCAGGAAAUAGGUAAAUCCUUAAACAUGGCAAUAUGUGUAGUCUAAAAUGAAAAGCAUCUGUAGCAUUUAUUUGUAGCCAGAAGAAUGUGGUAUAAACAAUAGGAAAUAGUGUUGCAUUCAUUUAGUACCAAAAUUGAGGAUCACCUGCCAGUGGUCUCAAAUGACUGUGCUACCUGUGGGCUGGCAGGUCAUGGAAUUUUGUUUUGUUUUGAUUUGAUUUAAUAUAAUGUGGGAAAAGGUGAUUUGAAUUGUUUUGCCUCUUAGGUAUGAGAAGGAAAUGUGUCUGCUGUUUAAAAUAAAUUACAACUGAUCUUUCUUCUAGAUAGUUUGACUUUCUUUGAACUAUGAGGAUGAGCUUUUCCCAUUUUAGAGUGGUUAUAUAUUUUGGGGAAAAAUUGUUAUUUUUAUGCACAGAACUUGAAAAAGUGCUUGAAGAAAAUUGUUAGAUAGAAGGUAGCAUUCCAUUGACAUAAAUUGCCUUUAAUGCUCAAACAUGUAGUCAGCCAAACUUUCCUACCACAUUGAGUGGACACAGCAAUAAUUACAGGUACAUGGUGGCCAUCUGUGUAUAUGUAAUGUAUCUGUACCUUUCUUGCAGCAUUUAAAAAACCUGACUUGGAAACACUGUACUAUUUUUAAUUAUUUUCUAUUGAUAGUAACUGUUUUACCCUAAAAAGGAGGCAGUCUGCAGUGUGGUUACUCCUGCAACACAGCAAACUGCUGGGCAGUCAACUUUCCAGAUUUGGGCUGCCAUCAGUUUUAGUUUCAGUUUUUCAAUAGGAGAAUCUUUAGGAACACUUCUUCCUAAAGGUUUUCUCCUGUUUACUACAGCAGAGCAAGCAUAAUGGUAAAUGUAGAGAAAAUGGUGAUAAGAAACUUGGAAAUCUCUGGUCAAUGAAAUUAAACCAAAUUAAUCUUACUAGUAGAAAGUGUAAAAAUAAGAUUUUUAAAUCUUUAAAUAAGAUUUUUUUAAAAAAAUUAAAAAUUUAAAUGUAAGCAUUUAAAAUAUGGUAUUGAUUUUAUAUAGAUUUGUAUAAUGGGGCAAAAAUCCCUACAUUUCUACAAUAGAAUUCAGGAACUUGCGUAAUGAAAAUGUUUUCCUGAGGAAUCUUAAUUACCAUGCAUAUUCCACUGGGAUUUUGCAGGUGAUUCUGUUAGGAGGGUUAUUUUAUUGGUAUCACUCCAAUUGGUUGAUUUUUUUUUUUUUUACUUCAUCUCACUAUUCUGCUAGUAAUACUCAUACCUGCUUGUCCUCAUUGGUAAUGGAAUGAGAAAAAAGGCAGUUUCAUUUUGGCCAGUUGUUCUUUGUACCGAUGUAACCUUCCUGAUGCUUUCCUACAUAACCAAGUGAAGUUCUGUGUUUUCUUCCCUGCUGUCUUCUCUGCCAAUCUCCCUCAUUGCUUUUAGUCCAAUUCAACAUUCCGGUGCUGCACCCACUCACUGGCUGAAGCCUUUCUGCUCUCAGGUGAUUUUUUUUUCCAGUUCCAAAAUUACAUGACUAAUCCUGUUGUUUGAAAGCAUUUCAUAGUGUGUUUUGGGUUUUUUUUUUUUUAACUGUUGGAGCAAUCUGUGUGUCUGGUAUAUUAAUGGAGCUUUGGCAUGAUUAUUUAACCUGUUGCUGAGUUCACAGUUCUAGAAAAGGUAAUGUUUUUCUCUCUGUGUCUGUGCAUGUGCGCUUCCCUGUGCCUUUAAGGUAAGUUAGGCAAGUAAAGGGUUUCUUGAAAGAACUUGUUAAAGCCUUAUUUCUUUCAAAGAACUAAAGGAAAGAUUUAAAAUGAGGUCAGGGUGUGAUUACCCAGCUGAUUUUCCAGGUUAACAUGAGCACCUAUUUGCAUAGAGCUCACGCACCCAAUGAGCAAGCAGUGUCCCUGCUUUCCUCCUGGAAAAGUGUGGCAUAAAAGGUUCUGUAGACAAAGUAGCCAAAACGAUGCAAAUUCUAGUCUUCCACCCCAAGUGACAUCGUAGGCAGGCCUAAAAGUGCAUGUGGUUCUCAGGCUGAACUAUCAGCAUGCCAGGUUCCAGAGGGCUUUGGUUUGAGUGGUUUUAUUACCUGGGCCUUGCUUGGCACUCUGAUGAUUUGGUUUCUCUUGCUGCAUGAGACGUUGCCACCCCUCUCCAUGACCAACUCCCUCCAUUAUUUUGGAUGUAUUUUGUACUUAAGGUCCAGUUUGUAUAAUCACUAGGUGACAAUCUAGAAGGGGAAAUGAAUCCCAGCAAGAACCAAGGGCUCAGGCUGAGCAGCAAGUACACUGAGGGUCUGGCUGAUGUGGUCAUAACCCAGCUGUCCCUGCCGAGGACCUCUCUCAAAGGGGAUUGAUCUUAGGAGCAGUUUUAGGAGGGGCCAAACUUCCUCUGCCAUCUGCCCCAUUUCACACACCUCGGGCAGGAACGUGGAAGGCAGCAGGGCCAGACCUCAGGCUCUGGUUUGUACAUUUGCACGACUCAGCCAAUCGUAUUUAUUCAUGUGGGUAUCCUAAAAUGACUUGAUGGCUCUGAAAGUCCCCACGCUGUGCCCACACAGAAUCUCUCUGUGUUUCAAACGUCAUUUCCUGCACAAAUGGCUGGGAUGUGACUCCCAGUGUAUUUCAGGGCUGCAGUGUGUUGUUGUAAAGCUCAGCAUGCUUUAAUAUGAAGGUCAUGACAUAAAGGUCUGCCAUUUCAAACCACUUCCUAUUGCUGUGUUUUUUACUCUCUGUUGCAGAGUCUUCCUUGCUCUUCCUGCCCACUGAGGAUUCUGUCCUUCUCCUCCUAAAUCUUCUGUCUUCCUUUUACUUUAUAAUCUUAACUGAAUAUUUUUAUUAAAUAGUUUUUAACUCUGUAUUUAAAUUUUCACAUGAAAAUUCUGUAUUUUGCACAUGGUGAAAAUUGUUUUAGCUUUAUUUAUGAUAUCUGCUGUAAACAAAAAUAAAUGUAGUUCUUUAUAA